UGAAGGAAAAUGCAUAAAUGAAGAAAUAGCUAGGCAGCUGUUCAGCUAGCGAGGGCAAAACGAAUGCAUUAGUAUUGUCAUCAUGGCAUCUAUUAUCAAAGAAACCCAGAGCAUCAAAGAAGCUGUGACGUACAUCAAUGCGAUCGACCUGAACAAGUUUUCCAGGCUUUUGUCCCGUAUUCUUCAGAAGCUUCACCUUAAGGCAGAGCGCUCGUUCAGUGAGGAGGAAGAGGAAAAACUACAGAGCGCGCUGUCCCUGGAGAAGAAAGCCCUUAAUCUCGUCCUGGAGACAGUCUCUUUCAUUUUAGAACAGGCUGUCUACCACAAUGUAAAACCCGUGUCCCUCAAGCAGCAGCUUGAGAACAUCCAUCUUCACCCGGACAAGGCUGAAGCCUUCUCCCAGGCCUGGGCCCUGGCAGGCCCGGACACCAUCGAGAAGUUCAGGCAAAGGAUAUUCGCCCCCAAGAAGCUGGAGCACGUUGGGUGGCAGCUCAAUCUGCAGAUGGGCCAGUCCAUGCAGGCCAAGCUGAAGGCCCCCCAUGCGGUGCUGGAGCUCGGGGUCGGCGGCGAGGACGGAGAGCACGCCGAGAAGCUCUUUGUCGAGUUCAGCCACCAGGAACUGCUGGAGUUCUACAACAAGCUAGAGAUGGUCCAGGCGCAGUUGGACUCCCUCACUUGACGGCGGUGACAAGCCCCUGCGUUCUUACGGGUGUGAUGUAACCAAUCGAGGAACCAGCCGUGCACAAACCGCCUCGUCUCGGUUGGCGUCCAUAAGGAUCGGUUAUAAUCCUCCAGCAAGUCCUGUACAUACAGUGUUAAACCAAUGCGUUUCACAUUUUUCAUUUUUUUUCCCCUCUUCUGUGUAAAUGUAACCACUGCUGUUAUUUGCUAUACAAAUAUACUGGUCACUUACAUAUGGUUUAUGUGGUUUAUGAAUGCGUAGAUGGCUGUUCCUUAUCUCGUUCCCUUAAGUAGAAAUGAGGCCUAU